UUCGAUGAAUUCUGGAGAAAAAUUUAGCUCUAUUAUCUAAUUUUUCGUUUGUAUGUUUUCUUUCGUUUAAUCCAAAUUUUCCAAUAAACUAAAAUUUCACUGAUAUAUAUUUUUGAAUUGGUUCUCAUAAUAAUAAUAGCAAAUGAAUAAAUAAACCAAUUUCUUAAAUCUAUUUUAUUUUAAUAUGAACAUUGAAUUAUAUUAACCAGAAAAGAUCUAUUCAGCUGAACAUUAAAACAGUUUAGGCACACUUCAAUAAACCUUUAGCUUUGAAAACUUGUGUGAAAAAAAGAAAAAAACUUGAAACUCUGCGCAAUUUUCAAAUAGUUUACUUUUGUUUUGAAAAAAAAGAUUUCUUCACGACAAGGCAUGGGAACCAGUUCACACAACCGGGAACGAUCUAUAGCAAAAAAAAACUCAAAAAGAAGAGGCGCGCUGACGUUGAUUUGAACUGAGAAUGGCGGAAGUUUUAAGGAGCCAUGGUGAAGGUAAAAUUCAGCGACGCCAGAGCCUGUGAAUUAGAAGAACCAGUUGCAGCCGACAGUCAUUUUUGAUGUCUCCACGAGGCCCUUUGUGAUGUUGCGCAUGAGGUUGCGGACGGUGUUCUCAUGAGCCGAUUUGUUCAUUUGUGAUGAGUUAUCUAUGCCGUCGCAGUACGUAAAUCGACGUGGAGUAGCAGAAGAAGAAGAAGCAGAAGCAGUGACAGACAGGUGCGCGUGGAAGUAUGCGUUGGGAGAUUUAUUCGGCUCCGCAGUCUUGCUGCAGCCAAGAGGAGGAUUGUUUUACGAAUAUUAAGUGGAGUCCGAGCAAGGGGAGUAGCCUAGGUUACAGCGCAGAGCAACUGGCAUUGUUGCAGGAGGAUGUCUGGUUUGAACAGGAACAGUUAAAGCAGGGGUGAAUGCACCAGAGCUAUAUUUUAAUUUGUGGCGAGCGUGGUGCUUUCAUCAUGGCUGGGGCAUCUGGCACACCGGAAAGCUUGAGUGAACAGAGAGAGAUUUUACUGCAUGGCAUCGCUCUGUUCAUAGUUUUAUGGAAUUCGAUGAUCCCCACUGUACAUGCUGAAGUGCUGGCACCAGCAACACUCAACCUUACACUAUUUACCAUGGCUCCAACCAAGGCAUUUCUCAAUUCACCAGGGCAAAAGGUAUCACUUGAAGUACCAUCCAUUUCGGCGUCUCAUUUGCCGAAGUUCGCACCUGCUGCUGGCCGAAACCCCGACACUCUGCUCACUUCACCUUCCAUUCUUAGUUCAGAAUAUGCCAUGAAUAACAAGGGUCAUAAGCUAUACACGACACAGUUACUUGCGUCACGUGGAUUGCUAGUGACAAAAAUGGCAUGCAGCAUGCCGUCCACCGAGAGUAGGUACAACGAAGGCACUCCGUCGAAUAACUUGAGACACAGGACGAUUGUUCCCAUUGUAGGAUCGCUGACUUCAUAUUCAGAGAACUCCAGCCUAGGCCCCACUCUGGACUACCCUAAUCUGGAUGUUUCGCCUGCCUGUCGGGUUCAUCGGCUGCGUAGCCAACAGACGCUCGAAAUUUUCGAUGCUUCGGCAAAUGCUAGUUCAGUGCGUGUGAUUCUGUCCAACAUGAUUCACCAACGGAAGUAUGUCAUUGAGAAGGUCGGCCUGACUGGUCCCUUUCCAGAUCUGUGGGCAGACACCAAUCUCACUACACUCGGCCUCUCCAGGAACAGUCUUGAAGGUCCAAAGUCAUCCAAUAUCUCCAAUCUUUCCCAAUCGAUGGACCUUGAGCUGGGUUCUAAUUCAACGAGGGGAAAAAUUCCAUCGUUGCCUGAAGAUCUUAUCGACCGCAGCGGCCCUGAACACAACAUCAACAACAACAACAGACGUUCUGGAUCCGUCCCAACCAACCUCGGGAAUGUCGCUAAUGCUCAUUUAGAUCGUAGCAACUGCAGUUUCAUGGGGACCAUUCCAGCGUCUAUUGGCAGAGUUUCUGAGUUGCAGCAGUUGGAUCUCAGCAACAAUUCUAUCAAAAGUUUCAAACUAUUCGUGUAUCACUUCCUUUGUCAGCUUCACGAGUUCAAGGCGGUUCGAAACGCUCAGCUGUGCCACAAUGCCACCACAUUGCCUCCAAAGAUAGCUGAAGUACUGACUUUGUGCAAUGUUAGUGGCUUGAUCGGUGGGCAGAGUGUCGUCCCUCGGCGACCGCCAGCGCCAGCGCCACCGCCACCGCCCUAUGUUUUCCCUCCAACACAACCUCCGUAUGCCGAAGCUCCAGGACCCUCUCAACAAGAGCAAAUUUCAGAAGGAGCGAGAGAACUGGUUUUGAUAAUAACAGGUUUUCUGGUUGCCUCGUUCUGUUUUACCAUCUUCAUGUUUGCGUGGAAACAAAUCUUCCGCGGUGGUAAGAGGGGUCGUCGGAUUCACAACGAUCCCAUGUUAGAUCCGGUUCACGAUAAUCCCAUGGAUGAUCCGGUUCACGACAAUCCCAUGAAUGAUCCGGUUCACGAUAAUCCCAUGAAUGCUAAUCUCUGAAUUAUGACGAGCUGAAGCCACAAUCUUUCGGAAUUAGGGUAAAAUGCAACGAAGAGAAGGCGAUUCAAGCUUCCUGAGCUGCAUUUGCACUUCUGAGUGGAGGUCAUUGCACCUUCGCAAUCAGGGGCAGUUAAGGGUGUGGAGCUAUUGCCAUCCCUCUGCCUGCGCCUCGCAUCUCCUCGUCCUGCACCACACCCUAGCUGCAUAGACUAGGUAUAGUUCUGUUGCAGAGUAAAGCCUACCCUGUGGCAAAAUGAACAUUUCCAAUGAGUUGAUCAGAAGCUAAAUAGGAAAAUUAGGUCAAUUAUAUCUUUACGGUACCGCCCCUUGAAACACUUGACCGAAACCUUAAACUGAGUUUCUCUCACUAUCUUAUCAAUUUGAUCACAUUGUUGUGACUUGACAUAUUAGACAAAAUACUUUUAA